GUAGUCUCCUCGCAGAUGUUGGGAAUGUUGUCCAAAGUCUUGUACCUCAUAGUGGUCGGUGCGGUAGCCUUGGCUUCGGCCCGCUACCACCCUGAGGCACCUGCAGGACGAAAUGCUCAUUCUAUCAACUCUGCCGAGUUGACAGCAGAGUUCUGGCACAAGGAAGCUAGGGCUGGGAUAGAGAAACGCAGUAAACGCGACCAUGAUCAGAAUGUGGCUCGCAAUCUCGUGUUGUUUCUGGGAGAUGGCAUGUCGGUGCCCACUUUAGCUGCAGCAAGAAUCUACAAGGGACAAAGUGAAGGCAGAUCUGGUGAAGAAUCUGAACUUUUCUUUGAAGGUUUCCCUGGAGUUGGUUUAGCUAAGACCUAUUGCGUAAACCAACAAAUCCCUGACUCGGCGUGUACAGCGACCGCCUACCUCUGCGGCGUGAAGAACAACUACGGCACCACCGGAGUGACGGCGGCGGUCGCCAGAAGAGACUGUAACGCCUCACUCGUCGAAAUCAAUAGAUUACAGUCCAUAGCGGAAUGGGCACUAGCCGAGGGCAAAGAUGUUGGCAUAGUGACGACGACGCGAGUGACGCAUGCUUCUCCUUCGGGCACGUAUGCUAAGACCGCCAACAGAAAUUGGGAGAACGAUGCUGAAGUACGGGAAGAUUCUCAAGACCCUGAGAGAUGUCUUGACAUUGCACAACAACUGGUACAUAUGAACCCUGGCAAGCAGUUCAAGGUAAUACUUGGUGGUGGAAGACGAGGAUUCAUUCCAAAUUCGAUACGAGAUGAGGAGGGUACACGUGGGAGGAGAGCUGACGGGCGUAACCUGAUUGAAGAAUGGCAGCAGGACAAACUUGAUAGAAACUUAUCGUAUGCUUACGUUUGGAACAGAGAACAACUGAGAAGUCAGUUUGACUCACCACCUGAAUAUUUGCUAGGACUGUUUGAGGGUAAUCACAUGAGAUACAAUUUACAAGGAGAUCCCACCAUGGAGCCUACCUUAGAAGAGUUAACAGAAUUAGCAAUCCGUAUGCUAAGUCGUAACAAGAAAGGAUUCUUUUUGUUUGUAGAAGGCGGUCGUAUAGAUCACGCUCACCACGACAAUUAUGUCCAUUUAGCUCUGGAUGAAACAGUAGAGUUUGACAAGGCCGUUGAAAAAGCCGCAGGAUUGUUGCCCGAAGACGACAAUUUAAUUGUUGUGACUGCCGACCACGCUCAUGUUAUGACAUUCAACGGGUACUCCUCGCGCGGUCAUUCCAUUAUUGGUGUGUCUGAAGAAGCUGAUAGUAACAAAGUGCCCUUUAUGACAAUCUCAUAUGCGAACGGCCCGGGCGCGCGUACUCAAAGCAACGGCAUUCGAGAUGACAUCACCAAAGAUAGUGAUUUUGGUGGUUUGAAUUGGCAUUCACAUGCGGAAGCCCCUCGUUCGAGUGAGACCCACGGAGGAGACGAUGUUGCGGUAUUCGCGCGAGGCCCUCACUACCAGUUGUUCACUGGACUCUAUGAACAGAGUCAGAUCCCACACAUUAUGGCAUACGCUGGCUGCAUAGGCCCUGGACUCCACACAGAUGGCUGCAACGCUGCUAACACCAUCUCUGUGGUGGACGCGCGGUAUCACCCUGAGGCACCUGAACCAAGGAACUUACCUCCUAUAAAUCCUUUAGAGUAUACAGCAGAAUAUUGGUUCAAUGAGGCACAGGCAGCUUUACAGAAACGCAGUCAACGCGACUCAGGUCAGAAUGUGGCUCGAAAUCUCGUCAUGUUUCUGGGAGACGGCAUGUCAGUACCAACCAUGGCUGCAGCGCGAACGUUGAAGGGCCAGAAUGAAGGCAGAACUGGGGAAGAAGAGGAAUUGUUCUUCGAAAGUUUCCCUGGCAUUGGUUUAGUCAAGACCUACUGCGUCAACCAGCAGAUUGCUGACUCGGCAUGCACGGCGACUGCCUACCUCUGCGGCGUGAAGAACAACUACGGCACCACCGGAGUGACGGCUGCGGUCGCCAGGAGAGACUGUAACGCCUCAAAUAUUGAAGCCAAUAGGGUACAGUCUAUCGCUGAAUGGGCCCUGGCUGAGGGAAAAGAUGUUGGUAUAGUGACGACCACCCGAGUGACGCACGCGUCUCCCUCAGGAGCCUAUGCCAAGACAGCCAACAGGAACUGGGAGAAUGACGCUCAAGUUCUCGCGGAUUCUCAAGACCCCGAAGUAUGCGCUGAUAUUGCUCAACAGCUGAUUAACAUGAACCCUGGCAAACAGUUUAAGGUUAUUUUAGGCGGGGGAAGACAAGAAUUUAUUCCACAUAAUAUAACUGACGAAGAGGGUGAACCAGGGUUGAGAACCGAUAAUCGCAAUUUAAUUGAAGAAUGGCAGCAGGAUAAGACUGACCGCAAUCUGUCGCAUGCUUAUGUUUGGAAUAAAGAUCAACUAAAAAGUCAGUUUGAGUCCCCGCCAGAAUAUUUGUUAGGACUCUUCGAGGGCUCCCAUAUGCAUUACCAUUUAGAAGCGAAUCCUGAUACAGAGCCUACACUUGAAGAGAUGACAGAAAUAGCUAUUCGUAUGCUAAGUCGCAACGAGAAAGGGUUCUUCUUGUUUGUAGAAGGCGGUCGAAUAGACCAUGCUCAUCACGCUAACUAUGUGCAUCUUGCUCUUGAUGAAACACUGGAGUUGGACAAGGCCGUUGGCAAAGCUACGGAUAUGCUUUCUGAGGAUGAUAGUCUGAUUGUAGUGACUGCUGAUCACUCUCAUGUAAUGGCGUUCAACGGCUAUAGCGCUCGUGGAAAUUCAAUUUAUGGGUUGUCUUCCCAAACUGAUAGCGACAGAAUGCCGUACAUGACCAUCUCAUACACAAACGGUCCUGGAGCGCGUAAGCAAGUAAAUGGUGUCCGUGACGAUAUAACGAAAGAGAGCAACUUUGGUGAACUUAGGUGGCGCGCGCACGUGGACGCCCCUCGGAACAGUGAAACUCACGGUGGUGACGAUGUGGCUAUCUUCGCGCGAGGCCCCCACUACCGUCUCUUCUCUGGUCUGUACGAGCAGAGUCAGAUCCCGCAUCUCAUGGCAUAUGCUGGCUGUAUCGGCCCUGGACUACACGCAGAAGGAUGCAAUGGAGCUAACACUGUUCAUGUGACCGCCAUCUUGAUUACGCUAGAGAUGUGGGCGAACGUCUUAUAUCUCUUUUUGGUAUUCGCUUUUACUACGGCUCGGCAUCCCGAGGUGUCGACAGUAAGGCAGAACUUGCCUGACAUCAACCCUGCUGAAUUUAAAUCAGAAUAUUGGUAUAACGAGGCGAAAGCCGGCAUCGAGAAACGCAGAAGAAGUGACCCUGAUCAGAAUGUGGCCAAGAAUCUAGUCUUGUUCAUGGGAGACGGUAUGUCGGUGCCGACCCUUGCUGCGGCGCGAACUUUGAAGGGCCAGCUAGCGGGCAACACUGGAGAAGAAGAGGAAUUGUUCUUUGAGGGUUUCCUUGGAGUUGGUUUGGUCAAGACUUACUGCGUGAAUCACCAAAUAGCUGACUCGGCGUGUACAGCGACCGCCUACCUCUGCGGCGUGAAGAACAAUUACGGCACCACUGGAGUGACGGCGGCGGUUGCCAGAAGAGAUUGCAACGCCUCCCUCGUAGAAGCCAAUAGAGUGCAGUCUAUCGCCGAAUGGGCACUAGCUGAUGGCAGGGAUGUUGGCAUAGUGACGACCACGCGAGUGACCCAUGCGUCACCAUCCGGCACCUAUGCUAAGAGCGCCGACAGGCACUGGGAGAACGAUGCUGAAGUACUGUCAGACUCUCAGGACCCAGAAAGAUGCAUUGAUGUUGCCCGACAGCUAGUUUAUAUGAACCCUGGCAAGCAGUUUAAGGUUAUUCUGGGCGGUGGAAGACGAGAAUUCAUUCCAGAGAGUAUGAUAGACGAAGAAGGCACUCCAGGCAGAAGAACUGAUGGCCGAAACCUAAUUAAUGAUUGGCAGCAAGAUAAAAUUGAUCGCAAGUUGUCACAUGCUUAUGUGUGGAAUGCAGAACAAUUGAGAAGUCAAUUUGAAUCCCCACCUGAAUAUUUAUUAGGUCUCUUUGAGGGUACUCAUAUGAACUACACUUUAGAAGCAAAUAAUGAUACAGAACCCACUCUCGAGGAGAUGACUGAAUUAGCAAUUCGUAUGUUGAGUCGAAACAAGAAAGGAUUCUUCUUGUUUGUAGAAGGUGGUCGUAUAGAUCACGCUCACCACGAUAAUUAUGUGCACCUUGCUCUCGAUGAAACAUUAGAGUUUGAAAAGGCUGUUAAAAAAGCGACAGAACUAUUGCCUGAAGAUAAUUCUUUGAUUGUUGUGACAGCCGAUCAUUCCCAUGUUAUAGCGUUCAAUGGAUACACAGUCCGUGGCACUCCUAUAGUUGGUAUAUCUGAUGAAAUUGAUAGUGACAGAAUGCGGUUCAUGACGCUUUCUUACACGAAUGGUCCAGGUGCCCGCAAGCAAGUUGAUGGUAUUCGGGAUGACAUUAGGGAAGAUAGUGAUUUCGGUCAGUUAAGAUGGCGUUCACAUGCCGACGUGCCCCUGGUAGAUGAGACCCACGGGGGGGACGAUGUGGCGGUCUUCGCGCGAGGCCCCCAUUACAGGCUUUUCACUGGUCUUUAUGAGCAAAGUCAGAUACCGCACCUCAUGGCAGAAGGUAUUAUAGGGAAGGACGACGGUACUAUCGUUCAGAUCUUAGGAAUGCCGUCGAUAGUCCUGCUUCUCAGUUUGUUGGCCGUGGCCUCCGCUCGGCACCCCGACGCGCCGCCUUCACGGCGUAACUUACCUCCUAUCAACCCAGCCGAAUAUACAAUAGAACAUUGGUACAAUGAAGCAAAGGCAGGCAUAGAGAAACGCAUCAAGCGUGAUCCAGAUCCAAAUGUGGCGCGAAAUCUCGUCAUGUUCUUGGGAGACGGCAUGUCGGUGCAAACCCUGGCUGCGGCGCGAACCUUGAAGGGCCAGAAUGCAAACAAGACUGGGGAAGAAGAGGAACUGUUCUUCGAAAGCUUCCCUGGCAUUGGUUUAGUUAAGACCUACUGCGUCAACCAGCAAAUUGCUGACUCUGCAUGCACGGCGACUGCCUACCUCUGCGGCAUAAAGAACAACUACGGCACCACCGGAGUGACGGCGGCCGUCCCCAGAAGAAACUGCGAGGCGUCACAAAUUGAAGCCAACAAAGUACAGUCUAUCGCUGAAUGGGCCCUGGCUGAGGGAAAAGAUGUUGGUAUAGUGACGACUACACGAAUUACACAUGCGUCUCCUUCUGGUGCUUAUGCUAAGAUCGCGAAUCGAGAUUGGGAAAAUGAUGCUCGUAUAGCUUUAGACAAUCAAGACCCUGAAAAAUGCCCAGACAUAGCACAGCAACUCGUUACGAUGAAUCCUGGUAAACAGUUCAAGGUAAUUUGGCUUUUUUGUCGCAACUAAUUCCACGUUUUAAAAAUUUGUAUAAUACCUACUAAUUUAUAAGAAAUUCGAGAUCAUAACAUAAUAUAUUGUUGGCGUAUUUAUGUGGAAGAUUUAUCAAAUGGUUUUACUGAUUUUCAGGUUAUUCUCGGUGGUGGAAGACGAGAGUUUAUCCCAAAUACUAUGAUAGACGAAGAAGGCACACCAGGCUUAAGAACAGACGGCCGCAAUCUAAUUGAAGAAUGGCAGCAGGAUAAGGCUAAUCAAAGCUUAGUACAUGCGUAUGUGUGGAACAAAGAACAAUUGGCAAGCCAAUUUGUCUCCCCACCUGAAUAUUUAUUAGGACUCUUUGAGGGCAAUCAUUUGCAUUACAACUUAGAAGCAAAUAAAACUACAGAGCCUACACUUGAAGAGUUGACAGAAAUAGCAAUCCGUAUGUUGAGGCGCAAUGAGAAAGGGUUCUUUUUGUUUGUAGAAGGUGGUCGUAUAGAUCACGCACACCACGACAACUUUGUGCACUUAGCUCUUGAUGAAACACUUGAGUUUGAUAAGGCCGUUCAAAAAGGCGCAGAUAUGCUGCCAGAAGAUGACACCCUGAUUGUUGUAACUGCUGACCAUUCUCACGUUAUGGCAUUUAACGGAUACACGGCGCGAGGAAGCCCCAUCACUGGCUUGUCUGAUGACGUUGACACCGACGGAGUACCUUACAUGACAAUCUCAUAUACCAACGGUCCCGGUGCACGCAAGCAAGUCGACGGCAUCCGUGACGACGUCACAAAAGAUAAUAAUUUUAGAGAGUUAAGGUGGCAAGCACACGUUGAAGCGCCCCUCGUAGACGAAACUCACGGUGGUGACGAUGUGGCUAUCUUCGCGCGAGGCCCCCAAUACCGUCUCUUCACUGGUCUGUACGAGCAGAGUCAGAUCCCGCAUCUCAUGGCGUACGCUGGCUGUAUCGGCCCUGGAUUACGAGCAGAAGGAUGCAACGCAGCCAACACUAUACACGUGGCCGCUACUCUGGUCAUACUCACAAGUGUUAUCAAAUUCUUAUUGCUCUGAUAACAAAGUACCUACACAUGUUAUUGUUGGUUUAUAAGGAAAAGAUCAAGGUUUCGUUGAUUUUUGUUAGAUUAUUCCUAUCCUAUCUUAUUGAUUAUAGUAUUAUUACACGGCUGUGACUAUAUACCUAAA